AUGGCCUCCCACCUGGUUUUUCAGGUCACCUGUGUGACUCUGCUCUCGCUCUGCUGCAGCUUGUGUCACUGCACUCCUUUGUUCUACAACAUAUCCAUGGACGGCAGCGGCGAUGAAGCCGAGCUGGAACUUCUUUUCCCGACGUCUUUUUCCACCCGAGCACCUGUUCAGAUUACUUCAUCUACCGGAGCGCCCACCCUCACCAACACCAUCACCACCACCAUGAUCCGCCUGAAGGACUUCGUCCUGAGCCGAGUGGUGGACUUCCUGCAGGAGAAUCUGCUCAUCAUCAUUGUGGUCACCUCUCUUCUCAUCGUCAUGGUCUUCAUCAUCUGCUGCGCCUCGGCCAUGAGUCACAAACGCAAGCUGGAGGCCUACAAGCCUCCUCCGAACCCGCCCAGGAAGUAUGCAGCUGAUAAAACCGGAGGACGCAAGAAUUCAGGCGACUUCCAGGAAAGGCCGUACGCCGUCGACCACGUCAAGAGGGUCCAGACUCAGAGCAUGGCCUCCCCCAAGAACCUGAGGCAGCCCUCCAAGGCUCUGGUGGGAGAGAGGGGGAGGGAAGUCCGGUCGUCGCCUCGCCAGGAGGUCAGAAAGGCCAGAGACGUAGAGGCGGUGGAAAAGCGCCGAGAGGAGCCCAAAUACAAAGAGCAGGUGAAGUACAGGGAGGAGGUGCAGCAGAGCUCCAGCCCCAGCACCAGCUCCAGUCCACCUGUCUGCACCUGCCACCUGAAAAAAGCCCACCACUAG